AUGAGCAUCCGGAAACAGAACGAGCAUCUGAUGUCCACUUCUGCGACCGAACGUGCUUGGCAGAUAAUCUGGGCUCAUCCGACCAACUUAAUUUGGACCGUCCAGCAGGAAAUGGUCAGGACCCAGAAUGAUGAUGAUGAGUCUCUCGGCCAGCUGAUCAUGCCCAUCCGUGCCCAAAACACCGAAAGUCCGACGUAUCCAUUGGUCUCGUUCCACCGGCGGUCGGAGCAGAAGCAGUUGGCAGGGUCCUUGAUCCAACCUGUAGGGUAA